AUGAAGAACAACAGAUGGGGUACGAGAUACGACCAGAUGCUGGAAAAACUAAUUUUACAGGGAGUGAAAAGGAGCAGAAAAAUGAAGCGGACAGUGUUCGCCUUGAGAUCGCAUCUGGUGGUAAUCACAAUGGUGAGACAAGUCAAAUUCAUGCUGCAGAUACGCCAACGCUACAUAUUUUCAAUUCGGAGCUUGAUAAAAUGGUAAAGGAUGUCGUGGCAGCUAUGAUGAUGAACACAACCCCAAAAAUUUGCCAACUACAAUAUCCAGAUAGUAGCAAACAACAACUUGCCAAGAACACAGGUGGUCGACUAAUUGUGUCGAAGGACAUUGUUCCUGUUGAUGCGCAAAAGGCGAUGGCAAUUAAAUCCAAGCUCUGGGAUGACCAGCGUGAGUAUGAUGAUGAAGAAGAUUGUGGUGUUGAUUUUGCUUGAUACUCAUCUGAAGAGGCAGAUCAUGAGGUUGAUCAGGAGAGUGCAGGAAAAGAAUUUGAUUCAAUAACACUGCCUAAACCAGAUGGUAUACCAAACGCGAGCCACAAAAGCAUGUUAAAUCUCAAUGCUCCAGCUUUCAUUCCCAGGUACUCUCCAGUUGCUGCUCUAAAAGUCAAGGAUGCAGUAGCUGGAAACAUAGUUCAAAAUGCAGCCACACCUAGUAACCAGAUUGAUCCAGCUGGUCGAAAGUAUGGGCAGCAGCAGCUGAAUGCAAACACCUCAGGAGCUAUAGUCACACUUCCAACUGGUGGACAGCAGCAGCAGGAUACAACGCCACCAGCUAUCACUUUGCAGGAUGGAAAGUUGCUUGAUGCAUUGCAGCAGCAGAAUGAAAACAAUGCAGGAGCAGCAGUAACUUCUUCAACUGCUGGACAGCAACAGUUAUCUAUAAGGGUACCUGUUAUCACAAUGGAGGACAGAAAGCUACUUGAUGCAAUGGUAAGUGCUAAGCCCCUAAAUUCUCUAAAUACAAAUCAAGUUGGUAGCACUGGGCGUGGAGAUUGGACCAGCAACCAGGUGAAAGGCACAAAACAAAGUCAAAACAAGGCAACUAUGGUUAACAGACAAGAUGGAAAUGGUUUGAUGGCACAAGAAUUUUUACAAGACAUGCCAGAUCCAGUAUCUGUGGGUAGAGAUAUGUAUGAGGAAGGAGAAGAAGAUACAGUUUUGAAAGAAUGUCGCGCACAUGCAGCAAGAAAAGGUGAUUUAUCGCCUAUGCAUAGCGGAAAAAAUAGGAAAUCUCAUACAAGGAAAAAUAGUUGGAACGACAAGGUUAGUGAUUUUUUAAAUGUUAGGCGACCUCCAAUGAGAGUUGCCAAACAAAAGCAGGCUGCCCCAACUACAUCAACGAGGUCCAACCGUU